AUUGUGAUAUUUUUAUCGAAUCAAAAGUGAGUCGAACCGAUGGAGCGUUGGACCGUGCAUUGUUAGUGAGUAUAAAUGGAGGCUGUGUGCCAGCUGGGCGUGCGAGACAUGGGAUAUUUCACGUCCUAAGUGCGCACUCGCCACUCCCUCCUCCCUCGGUAUUAUUGCAGACGAAAUUCAGAAUGACGGACACCAAGAAAAGCUCAAACUUCUUACAACGGCUGUACGGGUUCAGGAAAGAUCGAGUCGCCGGGCAAGGCCAAACCCUGGAAGAUAUGAACCAGAAUAUGGGUCAGAAAGAAAACGAGUUGAAAUUAGAUGUACAAAAGGAUGCGAAAGACAUGAAGAAACUAAAAACUGGUGCGAAAGCCGUCGGUAUCGCGUUCGGCGUUGUCACUGUGGUUACUGCACUCCUAGCGAUAUCCCUAAUUGCCGUAUCGACGAUGUCUGCCGUGGCAGCGAGCGCGAUGGACGCGCAGGACGACUCGGGACGUCUGGUGGCGCUGGUGGUAUUGGCGGUUACGGCUGCUGUCACCAUCGCCAUAGUCGUUUAUGCGCAAAUUGCUACGUGUUCGAAGAAGAUUAGGCCGAUAUUUGUGGCGACGGUGGUGCUGUCGGUUCUGAUGGUGAUCCAAGGCAUCAUCGCCGGCGCAUCCGUGCGGGUGUCGCCGAAAGACGCGGACCAUAUUCAGCAGUCGCUGAAGGAUUCCUUCGACUUGGCGGCCAAGCAGCACAGUCCAAGGCAUGUCAAGAUGUGGGCUACUACACAGUCUACUUUCCACUGCUGCGGGUUCCAAUCCCCCUACGACUACACCCACAACGGGCUUCAAACGCCCGACGUGCCAAUUUCUUGCUGCCCAACCUAUGACUCGGAGCGCUCCGACCUGCUUCAAGAGAAGGAGCGUUUCAUGUGUAAGGACAGAAGAGAGUUCUUUGACACAGGAUGCAGUGGCGACGUGCUGAUGUUCAUAUCGGAGACUGCUCAGUGGGUGUUCCAUGUUUCUACCGCGCUGAUCGUUUUUGAGAUACUUUCAGUUAUAUUUGGAGGGAUUCUUGUCAAGAGACGAAAAGAAUUAGCUAAAGCGAACGAGAACGAAAAUGCCGACGACAAGGAAGCUAAUUGAUAAUCAUCACUCAUCUCACAACAAAAUACAUCCUUAUAAUUUUGUGCCAACUCUGCCGAAUAACAUGAAAAACUGGCCAAAAUUUCGGAUUACUUGAAAUUACAACUUAAUUUAUUUUUUAUUGCAAACUUCAUUGUAGAAAUUGCCUUAUUGUACGAGUUACAAAGUAAAUUACAGUGAGACUUA